ACUGCGAGCGGAAGAGUCAAGGUUCAGGAUCUGGAGCCGGUCGGGAGCUUGGGAGUUGGGAGCUCCCUACCCAAGAUGCUGAGUUCCUCCCUGAGCUCCCAGAACGGCACAUGGACAGAGACAUUCUCUCUGUUUUUGGCUCUUGGCGUUGCCCUCUACUUGGGCUACUAUUGGGCGUGUGUGCUCCAGAGGCCUCGCCUGGUGGCUGGACCCCAGUUUCUGGCCUUCCUGGAGCAACACUGUCCAAUCACUAUGGAAAUUUUCUACCCCACACUGUGGUGUUUUGAGGGACGGCUACAAACCAUCUUUCGAGUCCUCCUACAGUCUCAGCCCCUAGUCCCUUACCAGAGUGAAGUCCUCCAAACUCCAGAUGGAGGCCAGUUCAUGCUAGACUGGGCAGAGCAGCCCACCAGCAGUCACUACUCUGAUCCUGCCACCCAGCCCAUUGUGUUGCUGCUUCCUGGCAUCAGUGGCAGUAGCCAAGAGACAUACAUUUUACACCUGGCAAGCCAAGCUUUAAGGGACGGCUACAGAGCUGUCGUAUUUAAUAACCGGGGCUGCCGUGGGGAAGAACUGCUGACCCACAGGGCAUAUUGUGCCAGCAAUACUGAAGAUCUAGAGACAGUUGUGAACCUCAUAAAGCACCGCUACCCCCAAGCUCCAUUGCUGGCUGUGGGCAUCUCUUUUGGAGGGAUACUGGUGCUGAACUACCUGGCACGAACUGGGAAGGCUGCGGGAUUGGUGGCAGGACUGACUCUAUCUGCAUGCUGGGAUUCCUUUGAGACCUCUCACUCCUUGGAGACCCCCCUCAACUCACUGCUCUUCAAUGGGCCCCUCACUGCUGGGCUCUGCCAGUUUGUGAACAGAAAUAGAAGGACAAUUGAAAACGUGGUGGAUGUAGACUUUGUGCUACAGGCCCGCACAAUCCGCCAGCUUGAUGAGCGCUACACAUCUAUAGCCUUUGGGUAUAAAGACUGUGAUGACUAUUACCAAGCAUCAAGCCCAAGAACCAAGGUCAAUGCCAUCCAGAUCCCUGUGCUCUGCCUCAAUGCAGCAGAUGACCCCUUCUCCCCAGUCCAUGCCUUACCCCUACAGGCUGCCCAGCGCUCUCCCCAGGUUGCACUGCUCAUCACAGCUCGGGGUGGCCACAUCGGUUUCAUGGAAGGGCUGCUGCCUUGGCAGCACUGCUACAUGAACCGCCUCUUGCAUCAGUAUGCCAGUGCCAUCUUCCAGCAUCCAGCAGAGCUGACUGACCUAAAGGCACUCCCACCUUCUGGGGACAUAAAGAGCUGACAAGAGUACAUUUGGGAUCUCAGUUCAAUCUUCCCUUGUUUAUUAAAUAUCAACUCUUCUUGCCUA